UGGUCACUACAAUCAUAAUGAUGAGUUAAAUAGUUAGUGACCAUUAGGAUAUAAUUAUAUCAUCCCGUAGGCAAAGUUAUAAGAAAACUUUUUACGCGACUAGACACUUAUUUAAACUUUAAAUCAACUUUAAAAAAAAUUUCAAAGAAUUAAAAGUACAACCGCAAACUACAGUUAUAAAUGAUUUUUUUCGUAUAAAGUGAAUUUUAAACAGAACAUUGAAACUUUUUUUUAAAAUGGAUUCGUGUGUUUUAAUACCAGAAGAGUUUAGUUUAGUUUUGACAUUGCAUCCUAAUCCAAAGAACAUUUUAGAGAUGUCAGUAGCUGUAUGGAGCAAUACAUUCAUUCCUGCUGGUACUAUUUUCCGACCGGACGAAGGUGUCUUCAAGUUAGACAAAAUAGAAGUGUUUUCCAAGCUUCCUGCUAGUGAUAUUCGUUACAAAUUUGGUUGUUAUGAUGAAAUCUGUGAUGUUGAAAACAGAAAGGUACGGCAUUGUAAUUGGAUCCGGUUUAGCAAAUCUUCUGGAAACAUAAACGAUGUAAACUUCAUUGCUGCUAUUGUGAAAGACCAGCCUAUAUACCAAACAAUCCGUCCAGUCAAACCAAACGAUGAAAUUGUCGUCUUCUUUGAUCACGUGAACAUCCAGUCUGAGGUUGCAGACGACACGAUAGAAGAAAUUGAUGUUGUCGGAGACGUAGACGAGUGUAUGGAAAGUAGUAUGAAAAUUGAGAAUGAGACAUCACCAGUCCUGAACAGUAACUCUUCCCUAGAGUUGUCACGAGAAGAUGACUGUCGUUCUAGUUUAAGCGAUAUAACAAGCUGUGGCGAAGAGCAAGAUGAUAAUGUAAAAUCAGAAAGCACAGAAAUUCCCAGCUCUAGUCAUGAGAGUAGUCUUAAUUCCAGCAAGGACAUAUCCGCGUCUAGUCACAACAGCAGUGGGAUAAUAUCUAGUAAACCAACAGGCUCUACUGAAUCCGAUAUAACCAGCAGUAGCCCAGAUUUCACAGAGAAACCAGUCAGGCGGAACAGAGAAAGAACGUGGUUACCAUGUGAAGUCUGUGGCAAACGAUUUGACCGUCCAUCUUUGUUGAAACGACACAUGCGCACCCACACAGGUGAGAAACCCCAUGCUUGUGAUGUUUGCGGCAAAGCAUUCUCAACCUCUUCCUCUCUGAACACCCACCGCCGGAUCCACAGUGGAGAAAAGCCACACCAGUGUAAAGUGUGUGGAAAACGAUUCACAGCAUCAUCUAACCUUUACUAUCACAGAAUGACCCAUAAUAAGGAAAAGCCACACAAAUGUAACAUGUGUUCCAAGUCGUUCCCGACCCCCGGAGAUUUACGAAGUCAUAUGUACGUUCACAGCGGAUCUUGGCCAUAUAAAUGCGAAAUCUGCAAUAGAGGAUUCAGCAAACAGACCAACCUCAAAAAUCAUUUAUUGCUACAUACAGGUGACAAACCUCAUGAGUGCUUAGUUUGUGGGAAGAAGUUUGCUCUACAAUGUAACCUCAGGACUCACAUGAAAACUCAUGAAAAUGACAGCCAAGAUGAAUGCUUAAAAUGUGGGAAAACCUUUACAGUCACAGACAAACAGAGUUUCACUGGGCGUUGCUCCGGAUGUUCGCAUGAGCAACAACUCUUGACAAAUUUCAGUAUAUCUCGUUUGACAGAAUCUACACCAAAGUGCUAUAGCAAAAAUCUGAAUUCGAAUGACUUUAGAAGAGCAUCAUCAUUGACGUCUCCUCAUUUCGAAAGAUCACCACCAUUUACGUCUGCGCAAUUCUUUUCGACGCCAUCUCACGUGACAGCAGCUCUGUCACCAAUCACAGCUUUGAAUCCAAUUUUCACUGGAAUGGUUCCAGGCUUCACUCCGGUUUCUUCACGUUCUAGUGAAAAUCUAAAAUUAUACGGACAAUUUAUGUUGGAUGAACAUGCACAAGCACGACAACUUUGGACAGGAGUCCCCGCGCAUGGAUAUUGAGGAAAUGUCUUCUUACAGUGCAAUCUUUGAAUGACGCAUACAAACUAGUUAUAACAAAUAGUGCCAAAAUUAUUUCGUUGUAUGUACAUACAUGUAUUUGUUUUUAUAUCUAUUCUAUUGUCUCCUUUGUAGACCAUACAUGUGCACUUCUACGCAAAAAAAUGUAUAUAAAUGGAUGUAUUUAUUUCUAUAUCCAUUCUAUUGUCUCCUUUCUAGACCAUACAUGUUCACUUCUACGCAAAAUAUGUAAAUUAGAAAUGUAUAUUUUUCAUUUUUUCUCUCACAAUGUAGAAAGUUAAAAGUCAUCCUAAUUAUUCUUGAAUCUUCUGACAUUUCUCUUCUUACCUUUACUUCUGAUGUGAAUGUAUAUAUUUUAUUCUUUCUAUUUUCACACUACACUUUGCUUUUAUUUUCCUAUAUCUUUUCUAUAUUUCCUCUCAUUUG